UGUUCGGUUACGUUUAUGAAGGGAAGGUCGUAUGGUGGAUAUAUGGUUAAUUUAAGUGUAUUUAUAUAAUUUGCAGGAAUGUGAAGAUUCGAAAUAUUUUUAUACGUUGUUCAAUCUUAUAGCGUGAAAUUCCGCAAAGACGUUUUUCAAUUUGACAGUACAAUAGACACGUAAGAUGACAUUCAUUCGUCGGUAAAAAGUGCGCGAAUGGUUAAAAAAUCGAUGUUUAGCAUUUAGUAAUAAUUACCACGUGUGUGCAGUUAUGACUUCCAUCGUAUGCGUGUACCUGAAUACUACAUGUAGCAGUGAUCAUAUCAAGAGUCAGCAAAUAAUUCAUAAAAUGUGUAUGUUUUAAAAGUAAGAAAACAAGGAAGCAAACAAAUAACAGUAACGUAGAUAUUAGAAAGAAUUCUAGUACUUCGCAAUAUAAAACGUAACAGAAAACAAUGCCUGACAGUCGAGGGAACAUACAUGGCGUAAUGCCACCGCAUUAUCUUCAUGAGUUGCCGGCUGAAGAUGAGGAGAGGUUUGAAAAGAUAUUUCAGAAAUUAGAUUUAGAUGGAAAGGGAAAAAUUGAUGUAAAAGAUUUAUCUAAAGCUCUUCGAAAAGUUGGAGUCGAUAAAUACUAUGCAGAGAAAUUUUUGGCCAGCUCGGAUAGUACUAAAAGCGGUGAUAUUACGCUAGCAGAAUUUAUACAUUAUGUCCGCGAACACGAAAAAAAUCUACGUCUACAAUUCUCGCAUCUAGAUAAAAAUAAAGAUGGUAAAAUUGACCUUGAAGAAUUGAUAAAAGCAUUUGAAGAAUUAGGAAUAAAAAUGGAUUUCAACGAAGCGAAGAAGUUGUUGCAACGAAUGGAUAAAGAUGGAAGUCUCACUAUAAGCUUUAACGAGUGGCGAGAUUUUUUACUUUAUGCACCAAGUACCGAUCUGCUGGGUCUUAUCGAAUAUUGGCAUCACACAAAUUACAUGGACAUUGGGGAAGAUAUCGGUGUCCCCGAGGAUUUUACAACUGGCGAAAUGGUCUCUGGAAUGUGGUGGCGACAUUUGGUGUCUGGUGGUGUAGCGGGUACUGUAUCGCGCACGUGUACCGCACCUUUGGAUCGUAUUAAAGUUUACUUACAGGUACAUGGAACACGUCAUUGUAAAAUAAAGAGUUGCUUCAACUAUAUGCUUCGUGAAGGUGGCUCUCUUAGUCUCUGGAGAGGAAAUGGUAUAAAUGUACUUAAAAUUGGACCAGAAAGUGCACUGAAAUUUAUGGCUUAUGAACAGAUUAAGAGGGCAAUUAAAGGAAAGGACAUUAGAGAUCUUGGUCUUUAUGAAAGAUUCAUAGCAGGAUCUUUAGCUGGAGGAAUUAGCCAGUCAGCCAUAUAUCCACUCGAGGUGCUUAAAACUAGAUGUGCACUUAGAAAAACAGGAGAGUAUUCAGGCUUAAUAGAUGCAACAAAAAAAAUAUAUAAACAAGGAGGUUUGAAAUCUUUCUAUAGAGGCUAUCUUCCUAAUUUAAUGGGAAUAAUUCCGUAUGCUGGUAUUGAUUUAGCUGUGUAUGAAACUCUAAAAAAUAGGUAUUUACAAACACAUGACAAAAAUGAACAACCACCGUUUUGGAUAUUACUAUUAUGUGGAACAACUUCUAGUACAGCUGGCCAAGUGUGCUCAUAUCCAUUAGCGUUAGUUAGAACACGGAUGCAAGCGAAUAUAUUACCAGGAAAACCUGAUACUAUGAUAGGUGUUUUUAAAGACAUUAUUAAGAACGAAGGAAUUCGUGGUUUGUAUAGAGGUAUAACUCCGAACUUUUUAAAGGUGGCACCAGCCGUAUCGAUUAGUUAUAUGGUAUAUGAAAACUUCAGGGCAUGUUUGGGUGUUAAUAUGACGUGAUGAUUAUUUAUUUUAGGUGAUAAUAAUUUAACUAAAUUAUUCUUUAACUACAUCAUAAGAUAUACAAACAAGCCAGUCA